UUUAUAUUCCCAAGUUAAAUUACGAUAUUGUUCAAAACAAGCCCUAAUGAUCAAUUAUAAUGAUCCUGCUUCUGAAGCUAUUAACGAAUCAGAAUCAGUUGCCAAGUUGAUAAAUAAUUGUGUCGAAAUAACAGUUUCUGAAACUAUUAUAAAGGCGCAACCCGGAAACUUAGAUGAUGCGGAUGAACAAAUAAUUGAAAUCGAGCAAGGAAUAAAUAUUGCGAAAGAUAUAAUAAAAGCAGAUU